AUGGCGCCCCUGCUGCCGGCCCGCGCUCGGCAGCACCGGGGCCCUGGCCGUGCCAUGCUGAUACCACUGGGCCUAGCCUGCCUAGGCAUUGGCUACUUUCUCGGCGUGGGCACCAACGCUCCGGUCGUGAAGGCGGCGGUGACCGUUGCGGCAGCCUCAGAAGAGCAGGCAGAGGCUGCGGGCAAAGAGACUGGCAUGCUGCCGCACCACGACGUCGUGCCCGACGUGGUGGAGGGCGGGGCCGUGGGGGCGCGGCAGCAGGACUCGACACACGACGACGUCGCGCCGGCCGACGGCGGCGGCGCCAUCAGUAGCGGCGGCACGACGGCAGCGGCGGCGGCACUGGCCACCACCGGCGGUGCAGCAGGCACCAGCUUCGGCGCCGACGGCGUCAAGACCGUGUGCCAGGACACCUGCCCCGGCCAUGCCAACAACGGCAUCUGUGAGGACGGGCGGCCCAGUAUCAAAAGCGAGGCCCCGCCAGAAGAGAUGGCCAUGUUUCUGGUGCUCUGCGACCUGGGCACAGACUGCGGCGACUGCGGGCCGUGGGUGCACAACAACACGGAUGCCUCGGACAGCUGGCGGCCCAUCGAGGAGAUCAGGGCCAAGAAUUACACGGUGAUGACUCGCCACACGCAGCACCCCUCUGGCUUCUACAUGGCUUUUACAGACCCAGCCCAGGACGUGGACGUGUCGUCCCAGCUGGCCAACGUCGCCCUGCUGGAGCCCGGCUUCACGUGGGUGUGGAACAACCUGCUGCGGGAGGGGUGCGCGCCGCGGGGCGGCGGCAGGCCGGGCCUGGUGCUGGAUGUGGGCGCCAACUUUGGCUACUACUCGCUGCUGGCGGCCGCCAUGGGCUGCCGCGUCGUGGCCUGGGAGCCGGUGCCCUACUUUGCCGCCUACUUCAAGUAUGGGCUGCUCAUCAACAACUUCACACACUCGGUGGAGCUGCGGGAUGCCAUCGUCAGCAACAGCAGCGGAGGGGAGCUGACGAUCCAGGUGCCCAACAGGGGCAUCUGGGGCACCGCCGGCAUCGACGGCAAGAACAUCGACGGGGCCAUUGCCAACGACGGCGACUACGACAAGUUCACUCGCAAAGUGGAGCGGGUGGAUGAGGUGGUGAAGGAGGAUGUGCUCAUCAUGAAGGUGGAUGUGGAAGGCUUUGAGCCCAGCGUGCUGCGCGGCACAAGAGACCUGCUGCUGCAGCACGAGGUGGCCAACAUCUUUAUGGAGUACUCACCAGGAGUGGCAGGCAAGCCUGCCCGGCUGCUACACCCGCACAACUGCCCCGCCGUGCGCCCUAAGCGGCACAGGGACUGGCCUUGGUUUGUCAGCAACCCAAUCAUGCUCAUGGGGCUGCUUCAGGCCGGCUACCGGAUCCAGCACCUGGCCUUCAUGGCCCAGCACUUCCCCGACUGGGAGGGAACAAAGGAGCUGCCGGAGGUGAUGAGCGAGGUUUUGAAGCACGACAUCUGGGACGCAUUCCGGCUACAGAACCACGAUCUGGGCUGCGCCAACAGGACGGCAGAGGAAGUGCUGGAGGCGAUGGAGGGGGUCUAUAUGUUCACCUGCAGGUCGCAGGCCAUCCCAGAGGCCAUAGACCCGCAGAGCUUCCGCUCGACAUUCGGGCACAACACAAACGUGUGGGCCUUCAAGCAGAAGCCAUGGUUUUCCAAGCUGAAUGGCACCGCCUCGCUGGCCCCUAUAGACUUUGACAUCCAGCACGAGUUCUUCAUACCUGGCGGCGUGUUUGGCGCAGCCUCGCGGCUGUGCAAAGAUGUGGAGGCACACUCACAGGUCAUGCACCGCUGCCCCUGCCUGGAAGAGAGCGUGUGCGGGGAGCAGGAGAAGAAGGUGCGGGAGUUUGCCAAGGCGGGCAUGCUGCCGCCCUUCCCCAUGGCUGAUGAUGUCGUGAAGCCUGAGGAGAUGGGGAUAGAGACGUGGUGA